CCCGGGCCGAGGAAAUACGCUACCGAUUAUCGGCACUUUCUUCGGGAUAACGCCUAGGACACAAUUCACAUAAGAUAUAGCGAAGCUGCUCCCUCAGGAAGAACCGAGUAUAUCAUGGUUAAUGACAGAUCAGCUAAGAUCACAAACACACAUCUCUUUCCUUGAACCUCAAUCCCACCUACCCUAUCCCAGCCAUGGCGCCGUCGAUCCACAACGAGGACUUCGCUGCCUCAGUCCAGGCCAUACAGCCCACCCGCCUCGAUAGCCCUUCAUGCAAGAUUGGCAUCAACGGUUUUGGUCGGAUUGGCCGGAAUGUGCUGCGCGCAUCCCUGAAUCGCUCGGACCUCGAAGUCGUCGCCAUCAAUCACACCUGCAACUCCAUCAAAGACCUGAUCUACCUCAUCCGCUAUGAUGGUACGAUGGGUCGUAUGGAUCCCCACAAGGAGAUCAUCGCCGUCAGCGAUCAUCUGAUCACCAUCGGCGGCCAGCCCAUCCGGUUGAUCUCCGAGCGGGACCCACGCCAGAUCAACUGGCGCGAUCUGGGGGCUGACUAUGUGGUGGAGAGUACGGGCAAAUUCACCAAGCGGGAGUUGGCUUUGCAACAUGUCUCCCAUGGCCAGGCCAAGCGCGUCAUCAUCUCUGCGCCCAGUUCCGACGCGCCCACCUAUGUCUAUGGCGUCAACUCGGACGCUUAUCGCCCGGACGAACGCAACCAAGUCAUCUCCUGUGCCAGUUGUACCACCAACUGCGUCACGCCGGUCCUCAAGGUGCUCAACCAGCAGUUUGGUCUGGAACAGGGCUUCCUCACCACAAUUCACGCGGCCACGCAGUCCCAGCAGGUCUUGGACGGCUACAGCAAGAAGAACCCUCGCUUGGGCCGCACCGUGUUCGACAACAUCAUUCCCACCACGACGGGUGCUGCCAAGGCGAUUGCCACGGUUCUCCCGGAGCUGCAAGGCAAGGUGACUGGUAUUUCCGUUCGGGUUCCCACACCUGACGUCUCCCUGAUUGACCUGACGAUCAACACUGCGCAACCAACCUCCUUGGCGGAGAUUUUGGCGGUCUUCCGCCGGGCAGCCAAGACGGAGCUGGCGGGGGUGUUGAGUGUCAGCGAUGAGCAGUUGGUCAGCAGCGAUUACAAGGGCGAGAGCUGCUCUGCGGUCAUCGAUGCGGCGGCUUGCAAUGAGCUGAACCCUCAGUUCUUCAAGAUCAUUGCCUGGUAUGACAACGAAUGGGGCUACUCCAACCGUCUGCUGGAUCUGGCUGUUUUGAUCCACUCGCAAGAGGAAGCCUGA